AUGGCGUAUGGACCGUCAAGUGCUUCUGGGUGUUCCUCGUUGUUCCACAGGCAUUUCAGUUCCUUGCUUAUGUUGCCAUAUGGAGAUCCUGCAGUGUGGAGUUUUGUCAAGCUCCAGCCCUCGCCCCCGCCCCCGCCACCGCCCCCGCCUUGCCUCUCGGCGUUCUCCCUGGCCACCGCGCCGUCCACGACGACCACCGCGCCGUCGCUCCCCCCCUCAUCUGUGUGUGUGUGUUCUUGUGCAGCCGGGCUGUUCCUGGGAGCCGUCACCGGCGGGCUGAUCGGCCUCGCCACGGAGAGCGGCCUCUUCCGUGGCACUGGAAUCGGCGCCAUCACCGGCGCGCUGGUGUCCAUCGAGGUCGUCGACUCCUCCAUCCGCCUCUGGCGCUCCCGCCGGUCCGGGAUCUGGAGCAUCUUGUACGUGCUUAAUGUGAUCUACAGCCUCCUCACCGGCAGGCUCGUCCGCGAGAAGGUCGAUCCAGCCGUGCACCGGGUGGUCUGGAGCCAGAUGAACGCAGUGGACUCAUCGCAGUUCAGGGAGGCCCCUGAUCUUUUCGACAUCGAGGGAACCAACGGCAUGCCGAGUGCGUGCAUCGACAAGCUGCCCGAGAUCAGGAUCACCGAGGAGUACAACCAGAAUGCCGUCGGUCACGUCUCUAGAUGCUCUGUUUGCCUGCAGCUUAAUGUGAUCUACAGCCUCCUCACCGGCAGGCUCGUCCACGAGAAGGUCGAUCCAGCCGUGCAGCGGGUGGUCUGGAGCCAGACAAUUAGCAGGAGUUUGAUCUGUUUGGGCAGGAGACUGACAUGCCUGACCUGAAAAUGCACACAUGGCAUCUGGGCGGGUGCGGGUUAGCAUAUUUGCGUGCAC